AUUCCUUUCUCAAGAGUUUGGCAUUUCCUCUGAGCUCACUCACAGAGAGCCCGCUCUUCUGUUUCACACAGCGCUCGCCCACGACAAAAGGGGGGAUUUUCAAACAUCCCGUAUCAGAGGAUUGUUCUCGCUCUCGGCACACGCCGCAUCUGCACAGAAACUUUACAGGGUAAACUUACACGACGAAGAGGGCAAGCAAGGUUUUGUUUUUUGUGUGAGUGGGGAGAGAAAACAUCAGCUUGGCCUUGUUUUCAACAGCUGGAAGAGUGGUUCAGCAUGGGCUAGCAGCAACUUUUCGAAUAGAGCUGGAGCGUAUGGGAUCGAAGAGGUUGAGGAGGAUGACCGUUUACACACUCAACCUCAGGUUAUUUUGGCCGCUGGUCACUUGUUUCCUCACUGUUCUGCUAGUUCUGCACCAAUUCGUCUUCAAAGCUGCCGAGGACCAAGGGAACGACUGUUCUGACCAGGGACCUGGAGCCGUCUCGCUGUUAAAGUACAUCUUAGCUUUCAUCUUAUGUUAUUUCUUCAUUAGGUACUGCUCAACUCAGCCUGGAUCUUCCAAGAGGGGCUUCUACAAAUUUCCAGAGGUACAUACAAAAUCAGGAGUGUCUAGGAGAGAUCUGCUGGAUGAUCACUAUGAGAGGCAUGUGCGACUUUCUCCACAUGUACUGGGCCACAGCAAAGCUCACGUUGCCAAGCUGGUGAGUGAACUUGUGAGGGUGGGACGCACCGACGUCCCACCCGAGUCUUCUCUGGGCUUCCGAGGUGACUUUGUGCAGGUUGGCAGCUCGUACGAGGAGCACAAGGUGGGCUCGCCGGACUGCUUUGACAUCCUGGUGCCUCUGCGGACCCCGCGUGGGUUGAAGCUGGAGGCUGGCAUUUGCGCAGACAAAUGUGGAGGGCCACCACUGUGUACGCUUAACACCCCUCGCAAGGCGGAAUGGACGAGACGUCACAAAGCCUUCACGGAAACAUUCAUGCAUGUGCACAAUGCUCAAAGUGCAUAUAGGAUGAGUCCAGAUUCGGUCCAGCGAUGGUUCUAUACAGCCACGCAGCGCUGCCUCGCCGCUGUACGUUACCCCUUUGAACAGCGCUGCUCCCUCAGCUUGUCUCUCAGCGAGGAGCAGCAGGUGUUGCUCCGAAUGACGCCCCGCUCCGAUUACGUCUGCUGCCACAUCUCCAUGGGCAUUCGACUUAUCCCAGCUUUUCCUCUAGGUGAUGGAGCCUUCUUGGUUGCAUCCCAAUAUGCUCAGGGAGGGGAGGACCUCUGGACGGUGUAUUUUCCUAAGCAAGAGCAAAGACUUCUUUCAUCGCUCAAAUGCAGGCUGCCCUCUAGCUCUUGUCAUCUGAAGUGCCUUCAACUAUUGAAAGAAGUGAGGAACCUGGGUGGGGAGACGUUGGACCAACAAUCUGGAGCCGACUGGGGCAGUGUGCUUUCUUCCUAUGCUUUAAAGACUGCUUGGCUUCGUCUGCUAUACAGUACACCACCAGAGGCAUGGGAAGGGUGCAACCUUGUGGAUAGACUAGAUGAUCUCAUUCGCAGUCUAAAGGAGAGCCUACAGUCUCGAGCCCUCUCCCAUUUACUCCUCGGAGGUGAUAAUGGGCUUCUGCCAGAGUCGAUUGCUCUGCCUAAACUCGUGAAGGAGACGGUACCGUGCAACAUGUGGGCAGAAUUCAGUGAAGUCACACUUGACAUGGUCUCCGCCAGACUGGUCUACUCUUGGAAUCACCUCCCUCGCCUAAUUCGCCUCGGACGGCCACAAAGGACGAGCCUGGGCAGAGGCGUCCACUGCAAAUAUAUAGAUGCAGAGUAAAGGUCAACUAGAACUGCCACUGCCAAACACACAUCUCCGGAUUGCUACAUAAUGUUUAUGUAGCCUAAAAUUAAAUAUGAUUUCAAAAUAAUAAUAGCUGUCUCUAAAGGCAUAGUUUACUCAAAAAUGAAAAUGAACUCAUCAUAAUUCACCCUAAUGUCAUUCCAAACUUGUAAGACUUUUUUUGCAGAACACAAAAGGUGUUUUGAAUAAUGUGGUGACCAAACAAUUUGGGGCUCCAUUGAUUUCCAUUGUAUAGACACAAAACAAAGGCAUUUCUCAAAAUAUCUUUAUUUGUGUUCCACAGGAGAAAUAAAAUCAUACAGAUUUUGAAUGACAUAAAGGUAGAUAAAUGAUGACAGAAUGUUUAUUUUUGGUUGAACUAUCCCUUCAAGCAUUCAUCGUUGUCUUUUUGAUUUCCAUAUGGAUCCGAUUUUUCAAACUGUACAAUUUUAAAUUCAGUUUAAUGAGAUUUUUACCUUAAAGGUAGCAUCAAACAAAUAUUGGAAUGUCAUACAAGUAAUACAAUCCAAAGCACUAGAUUAUAGCACAACAUAAAAUAGGUACAACAAUACUUUUAAUACAAUUUUGGUCAAAUUCAGAAGAUCUGUAUUUACAAGACAUUAAAUUUGUUUAAUAUAUCUAUAAUUAAGUCUCAUGUUUACAAACAUGUUAAGACUUGAGUAUGAUACGUUUAGUUCAAACUGUAGUUUGAAGGUGAAGCUUGUGAGCUGAGAGUCAUUAGGCCUGUGUUGACUCAGGGUGACCAUGAUGUAGUUGUGGGGUAGUCAUGGAAGUGUCUGUGGGUAGUGAACUGUCAAAACAGAUUAAACACCAUUGUUUUUCCACACCCCCACAGCAUUACUUAUGCCAGUCAGAACAUCCUGUUAAAGGGGAAAACUGAAGAGGGACCAAAAAUCUUAAAUUGCACAACAAGAUUAGCAGAAAAAUUUGAUUAAAUUAAAUAUUUGUCGUAUUCAUCCAGCUAAGUAAAACUCAGCAGUCUGAUCUUUUGAAAUGGUCUCUAAGUUCCAACUUUGUCCUUAUUUAUAAAUAAUUGAAGAGUAUUGUUUCAUAACUGUAACUAUUUCAGUGUAUACUAAAUGUUUCAUGCAUGAGUGGCACAAUAAGUGCUUUUUUCCACCUCGGCUCAUUACCGUAAUGAGUACAUGGCACUGUUGGUAUGACAUUGGCUUCACAUCAUGUUACCUGUCAGGGACCCCAGCAUGCAUGCACAUGAUCUUAUCCCUUAGUGUGAUGCUUGUUGCUAUGGAGACAUGCUACCUCAGGUUGCCGUGGCUUUUGUUUUAAUGGUUGAUUGCAUUGCGUUUACUGUCAAAAGGGCAACAUAGAUCUAUAUCGAUCAUUUGCAGGUACCUAGUGGCAAGGAAGUGUGUUAUUCCCUGUUUCUGAUCGAUCAAUGCACACCUGUUCUUGUAUAAAUCUGUUCACAUAAUCUAGACUUUCAUGUCGGACAGAUCUGUUUUAUGUCAUAAACCGCACAGGGAAUUGUUUGGUUUCUAAGAGGUUCUUUGUGUCUGUUGCCUAAAACCAGAACAGAAACUAAAACACGGAAACAAAACGAGAAAUGUUCUGAAAACAAGACUUGACUGUAGUCCAAGUAAUAUGAUAAUACAGAGUAACUAAUGCUGAAUGUAUGUUAAUGAAUGUAUAUUUUAUAUGUGAAUGUGGGUGUACAAUAUUUUGUACUUGAUGUACAUGUAAAAUGUAAAUAAGAAUC